CUCUCUAUCUAUUGCCCUGCUCUCUCCCACAGAGACUCUCUGCCUCUCUCUCUUGCGUUGCCUCAUUCUGUUUCUGUUUCAUUUUGAUUGAAAAAAAAUGGAAGCUGCACUGGCUGGCACUGCUUGUGAGAGAGUUAAAGAGGAGGGCUUCUUCUGAAGUUAUAUAAAGAACCAUUUUCGACCACAUUGUUAAGAAAAAACCACUAUUCUUACUGUUCUCGUUUUCUUUUAUUUCCUAUCCGCUGUUUUCCUGUGCUCUGUUGAGUGGAAGAGAGGCAGAGAUGGCUCAAAUAUCACCAAAGCUGCUGGUUCCAGAUUCAUUUCAAGUGUCAAGAGAUGAUAUUACGGGUCAACUUGGUUUGAUUUGGGAGCUAAUCAAAGCACCAUUAAUAGUUCCUCUACUGAAACUUGGUGUCUACAUUUGCUUAAUCAUGUCGCUUAUGCUCUUCAUGGAGCGGCUUUACAUGGGAGUAGUCAUCAUUCUUGUUAAACUCUUCUGGAAAAAACCGGAGAAGCGUUACAACUUUGAGCCUAUUCAAGAUGAUGUGGAACUUGGUAGCUCAAAUUUCCCUGUAGUUCUAGUGCAAAUCCCAAUGUUCAAUGAAAAAGAGGUUUACAAGAUCUCAAUUGGAGCAGCUUGUGGACUCUCAUGGCCGUCUGAUCGUCUCGUGAUCCAAGUACUUGAUGAUUCAACUGACCCUGCAAUCAAGCUAUUGGUAGAGCAAGAGUGCCAGAGGUGGGCAAGCAAAGGCAUAAACAUAACGUACCAAAUCAGGGAAAACAGAAUAGGUUACAAAGCUGGAGCUUUGAAAGAAGGGUUGAAGCGAAGCUAUGUUAAACAUUGUGAAUAUGUGGCCAUUUUCGAUGCUGAUUUCAGGCCUGAGCCUGACUUCCUGAGACGAAGCAUCCCUUUCUUGGUCCACAACCCUGACAUUGCUCUUGUUCAAGCUCGAUGGAGAUUUGUGAAUGCGGAUGAAUGCUUGUUAACAAGAAUGCAAGAGAUGUCAUUGGAUUACCAUUUCACAGUGGAGCAAGAAGUUGGAUCAGCAACGCAUGCUUUCUUUGGUUUUAAUGGAACUGCUGGUAUUUGGAGAAUUGCUGCCAUUAAUGAGGCAGGUGGGUGGAAGGAUAGAACCACCGUGGAGGACAUGGACCUUGCUGUCCGAUCUAGUCUCAGGGGAUGGAAAUUUGUUUACCUCGGUGACCUUCAGGUCAAAAGUGAACUUCCUAGUACUUUUAAGGCUUUCCGCUUCCAGCAGCAUAGAUGGUCUUGUGGUCCUGCUAAUCUGUUCAGGAAAAUGGUGUGGGAGAUCAUUCAAAAUAAGAAAGUGAAAUUCUGGAAGAAAGUAUAUGUUAUCUACAGCUUCUUCUUUGUCAGAAAGAUCAUUGCUCAUAUGGUCACCUUUUUCUUUUACUGUGUUGUUCUUCCGCUUACAAUUUUGGUUCCUGAGGUUAAAGUUCCUAUCUGGGGAGCCGUUUAUAUUCCUUCAAUUAUCACCAUUCUAAACUCAGUAGGAACUCCAAGAUCCAUUCACCUGUUAUUUUACUGGAUUCUUUUCGAGAAUGUGAUGUCAUUGCACCGGACUAAGGCAACUUUUAUAGGUCUCCUGGAGGCAGGAAGAGCCAAUGAGUGGGUUGUUACUGAGAAACUAGGAGAUGCUGUCAAAAAAGCUGCAGAUGCUGCUAAGAACAAGUCAAAUGUCAAAGCAGCCAGAAAAUUUAGAUUCAAAUUUACUGAUAGACUAAACACAUUGGAGUUGGGAUUCGCGGCAUUCCUUUUCCUUUGUGGAUGCUAUGAUUUUGUCCAUGGGAAGAACAACUACUUCAUAUACCUCUUCCUCCAAACAAUUACCUUCUUCAUCACAGGAAUUGGCUAUGUUGGCACCAUCAUUUAGUAGUACAGCUACAUUGACACAAUCGUCUGAGCGUUUGUGUUGGUGUUUCAGUGUUUUUCUCCCACACAAGCAGUAAUUAUAAGUGAAGGUCUAUCUACGACCAUUUGACUGCAACCAUUACUUAUUUUUAGCUCAUUUAAACAGAAACAGGUCAUUCAACAUAUUCAGCACAAAAAAUCUGCCGCCAUCUCUCCCUCAAAAUCACUCCAGCUAAUGGAGAAUUCAUCAGAAAGAACCUGUAAAAAAGACAACAGGGAGAUGAUGUUAUUUCUUUUGACAGUUUGCUUGUAAUUGUGGGGUUUAUUUAUUCUCUUAUUUCUCCUUUUGGUUUUUAUUUUUAUUUUUUAUUUUUGGGUUUCCUAUUUUUUCUUUUACUCAAGCUUUUUGAAGGGAAUAAAGUGAUGGAUAGAAGGGUGAACUUGUAAUAACAGUUAAAUUUAUCAAAUCCCAGUAUUUAUAUGUUUCUGUUAUAUCCUUGGUUUUGUAUCAGAACCCUUCAAAGAGGAUUUGCUAGCCUGUCAAUAAUUUCUUUCUGGCCCCCUUUUCUGUUUUACUGGAUACCUUUCCAAUACUUUUAACUGUUGCAAUAAUUGUUGCAUUGUUAAGAUAUUAAAAACUACUAUUAUAAACUUUCUCAUC